AUGGCUAGCUUGAUUCGACGGCCUGGCAAUCUUGCUCGAUAUUCGGGGGUAGCAGCGGGGCGCUCUAUAUACCCACGAUUAUUGCCCUUAUCACUGUGGCAAUCCCACCUUUCCCCCAUCGUUGUGAGCGCUCGCCAGUCCCGCUCAUAUCUCACUAACUUCCGGCAAUUUCCAAAUCCUGGUAAAGAAAGUGGGAGUACGACUCCGCCUGGCAGUGAUGGGCCUUCCGGGCAGCAACCCCAACCGCCUCCGGAAGGGCCAAAUGGGGAGAACAAUGGAAAAGAGCCUGAAAAACUUAAGUACCGUGCAAGUCAGGAGGAAAUCGAGGAUCUUGAUUAUGUUCUAGGACUGGUGAGGGACAAACUUCCGGAGUCGCAGAGGCAGCUUGUGGAAGAAAUGGCGGAGGUUUUCAAAGAAGAAGGGUUCCCCGAUGACGUGAAACUUUUUGUCAAACAAGUUAAGGAUUCUAAGCAAUUUACACUUGCCAAUGCAACUCAGGUGUUCCGGAUAUGGACUCGACAUGGACCAUUAAUUGUUUCCAAGAUGUCGGAUAGGAGUUUACACAAAGGCCCUCGCCGAAUGAUGGGCAAAUCCGAAGAAAACUUCCCAGAACAACAAGGCCAUGCACAGAGCAGUGGCAAGGCCAAAGAUGAAACCGGUCGGUCUGAGGGAGAACAAAAGCAGGAGCAAAAGCAACGGGACCAGAAAUAUGGAUUCAAAGGGCCGAAAUUUAACGCUCAGACACCCUUUGAUAUAAAAUUCAAGUUUGAUCCGGCGUCCUUUCUAGUCGCUACCUUUCUCUCAUACUACAUGUACCGGAGCUUUAUUCCCGGUGAUGUUACAAAGGAUAUUACAUGGCAAGAAUUCAGAAAUACCUUUUUGGAUAAGGGAUUGGUUGCCAAGUUGACGGUCCUCAACGGCAAGAAAGUGCGAGUCGAGCUUCAUCGUGAAGCAGUUGCGAAUGUGUACCCAGAAUCGCCUGCGACGCAACCAAAUUUCUACUAUGUCUUCGCAAUAGGAUCUGUUGAGGGAUUUGAAAGGAAGAUUGAUCAGGCUCAAACGGAGCUCGACAUCCCAACCACUGAACGAAUUCCUGUGGAUUACCAAGAUGAAGUUUCCUGGGGUGCCACAUUACUCAGUCUUGCUCCUACGCUUGUCCUUAUUGGCACUGGCAUCUGGCUCUCGAGGCGCGCUACGGGCGGAGGUGGCCAAAGCGGAAUAUUUGGCAUGGGUAAAAGCAGGGCGAAGAGAUUUAACCACGAAACUGAUGUCAAGAUAAAGUUUGCUGAUGUAGCCGGUAUGGACGAGGCCAAGGUUGAGAUUAUGGAAUUUGUCAGCUUUCUUAAGAAACCGGAGCAGUUUCAACGGCUUGGUGCCAAGAUCCCCAGAGGUGCUAUUCUUUCAGGGCCACCGGGUACCGGUAAGACGUUGCUAGCAAAGGCUACAGCUGGCGAGUCAGGCGUUCCAUUUUACAGCGUUAGCGGGUCUGAGUUCGUCGAGAUGUUUGUUGGCGUUGGCCCCUCCCGAGUCCGUGAUCUGUUUGCAACCGCCCGGAAAAACACACCUUGUAUUAUAUUCAUUGAUGAGAUUGAUGCUAUUGGAAAGUCGAGAUCGAAGAACGCUUAUGGUGGUGGAAAUGAUGAGCGCGAGAGCACAUUGAAUCAGAUCCUGACCGAAAUGGAUGGCUUCAACACCUCGGAUCAAGUUGUGGUUCUGGCUGGAACCAAUCGAGUCGAUAUCCUAGAUAAGGCGUUGUUGCGACCUGGUCGAUUUGACAGACACAUUUCCAUUGAUAGGCCGACAAUGGAUGGAAGAAAACAGAUUUUCCGUGUUCACCUGAAAAAAAUUGUCACCAAGGUCGAUUUGGAUUACUUGACCGGUAGAUUGGCUGCAUUGACUCCUGGUUUCUCUGGAGCGGAUAUUGCCAACUGUGUAAACGAGGCUGCACUAGUCGCUGCCCGCUACCGCGCUGAUGAGGUAACCAUGUCCCAUUUCGAGCAGGCCAUUGAGCGAGUAAUCGGUGGUCUAGAGAAGAGAUCGCUGGUGCUCUCACCAGAGGAGAAGAAAACAGUGGCGUAUCACGAGGCUGGCCACGCUAUUUGCGGCUGGUACUUCAAGUAUGCUGAUCCGUUGCUGAAAGUAUCCAUCAUUCCUCGUGGCCAGGGUGCACUAGGUUAUGCCCAAUAUCUACCGGCACAGGGUGACACCUACCUGAUGAAUUUCCACCAGCUCAUGGACCGAAUGGCUAUGACCCUUGGUGGGCGUGUCAGCGAGGAACUCCAUUUCGAUACCGUGACCAGUGGCGCCAGCGAUGAUUUUAACAAAGUCACCCGGAUGGCGAGCGCUAUGGUAACCAAGUUCGGAAUGUCCCAGAAAAUUGGCUAUUUGUACUACGAUGAAGAGCAGCAGCAAUUCCAGAAGCCCUUCUCAGAAACUACCGCCAGGAAUAUUGACAUGGAAGUUCGACGAAUUGUCAACGAAGCCUAUGAAAAGUGCCGUAAACUCCUAACAGAGAAAAAGGCCGAAAUUGGUAUCAUCGCGGAAGAGCUUCUGACAAAGGAAGUUCUCAGUCGUGAUGACAUGAUUCGGCUUCUUGGCCCAAGACCAUUCCCAGAAUCUGGCGAAUUUGCGAAGUACUUCGAUGGAGCAGGCGGUGCAGGAACGAUAGCGCCUCCACCCCCACCAAAUGAGUCUCUUUCUGAUAAAUUAAACACGGAUGAAGUAGACGGAAAAGAAGGUCCAACACCAUCUAAUCCUGCAUGA